AUGGAUUACCUUGGUCGUAUUUUAUGUGAUACGGAUGAAAUACAAGUGUUCGAUUAUUCAUUGAAUAGCACUGUGCCACACACUACGAAUUGUGCUCAAUCAUCAAUCCUUGUUCUUAUCCCGUUAAUAUUUUUGGUUACAUUUAGUCCACUUGUUCUGUAUGACCUCAAGAAAAGUCGACAUCCUCCGUUAGAACUUUAUUCGCCAACAGUUGCUCGAAUAGUCCUCUGUUUCUUGUUAGUAUUGAACCGUUCAAUUGCAACAGCAGUCAAUCUCAUAACAUGGUUCCGGACACCGUCAGUGUAUCAACCGUACAGUAUCAUGUCAUGUUGCUGGCAGACAGCAACCUAUUGCAUAUGUUUGCUGUUACUGAUUGCUUAUCGUAAUCGUGGCUUAGUAACUUCUGGCGUUUUGUUCAACUUUUGGCUUCUUACUGCAAUUUGUGCAUUUCCGGAACUUAGACGUCGGGCUGCAUAUGCCGAAGACGUGACCGAAAUUCAGAAUGGAAAUGAAGUCUCAGUGAACUAUGUGUUGUACAUAAUUUACUACGCGUUCAUACUGUUCGAAGUAUUAUUGUCAUGCUUUGCUGAUAAACCAAAAUAUUGGAUGAAAGAUGAGAAGCUUUGCCCAGAAGAUAAUUGUUCCUACUUGAAUAAAAUAACAUUCAACUGGUUUCACAGCUUGGCAGCACUUGGUUUUCGCAGACCGUUAGAAGUUAAUGAUUUAUGGCGAUUGCGACUGCAUGAAGAAAGUGGAAAUUUGAUGAAAAAGUUUGAGCGUCAUUGGAUACCAGCAGUUAAUGCGUACUAUGAAAAGAAGCAGGCAUCAGGACAAUCUACUUCACUUAAGAAACUUGGUCCGAAGGCACAACCAUCAUUACUGUGGGCGCUCGCGAAAACAUAUCGCUGGACCAUUUUGGCUGGAGCUACGAUGAAAUUUGUAUUUGACGUAUUAAAUUUCGUUAGCCCACAACUUCUCAGUGCGUUAAUCUCAUAUAUCGAAGACAUGAAACGACCACUUUGGAUGGGUAUUGCUAUAUCAUUUGCCAUGUUUUUGGUUGCGCUUGUCCAGUCAGUGAUUCUGCAUCAAUAUUUUCACAAAAUGUUCAUGUUGGGUAUGAAUGUGCGUUCUGUGCUGACAAACGCUGUGUAUGUCAAAGCAUUAAUGUUAUCCAACACAGCUCGAAAAAACCGCACUGUUGGUGAGAUCGUAAAUUUGAUGUCUGUGGAUGUCCAGCGUUUUCAAGACAUCGCCAGUUUUAUUAUGCUUUUUUGGUCUGCUCCAUUUCAGAUAUUGCUGGCAGUUUACUUUCUUUGGCGAUUGCUUGGAAUAGCAGUUAUUGCUGGUCUCACCGUACUUUUCGCUACAAUUCCUUUAACUUCAUAUAUUUCUCUAAGAAUGAAAACCUGUCAGGGGAGACAAAUGAAAUUGCGGGAUGAACGUUUGAAGUUGAUGUCAGAAAUUUUAAAUGGGAUUCGAAUAAUCAAAUUCUAUGCUUGGGAGAAAAGCAUGCAAAAAUUGGUUUUGGAAAUUCGCGAGAAAGAGAUUGCUGUGUUACGCGAAAUUGCACUUUAUAAUGCUGCAAUAUCGUUGACUUGGUCAUGUGCGCCAUUUCUCGUUGCCAUCGUCACUUUUGGCUUGUAUGUGAAAAUUGACCCACAACACAACCAACUUACACCUCAGGUUACAUUCGUUGGCCUUUCACUUUUCAAUUUGAUACGUUUUCCAAUGACGAUCUUUCCGUUAAUAUUUAGUCAAGGAACACAAUGCUCGGUUAGCAAUGCCAGGCUGAAAUCAUUUCUAUCCGAUGAUGAAAUGCGUCUUUCUACAAAAGAUCGAUUUUCUUCAAACGAUUAUGCUUUGUCGAUACAGAACUGUAAUUUUUCUUGGGACAAUAAUACAGUGAUACUGAAUGAUAUCAGUUUAAAAAUCAAAAAAGGCGAGCUUGUUGCUAUUGUUGGGAAAGUGGGGAGUGGGAAAAGUAGCUUGCUUUCUGCUAUUCUAGGCGAAAUGGAUAAAUUGAGCGGUAGUAUGGAUGUUGUUGGAUCAAUUGCUUAUGCUCCACAGCAGCCAUGGAUCCAGAAUUUGUCGUUGAUGGAUAAUAUUUUGUUUGGUACACCUUUUGAUCGCCAACGUUAUGAAACAGUGCUUGACUCAUGUGCAUUAAAACCAGAUCUUGCAACAUUACCAGCCGGUGAUCAGACUGAAAUUGGUGAAAAGGGCAUUAAUCUGAGUGGCGGUCAAAAACACCGCGUAAGUCUGGCACGUGCUGUAUACGCUAAUUCAGAUAUCGUUCUCCUGGACGAUCCACUAUCAGCUGUUGAUGCCCACGUUGGGCGGCACACAUUCACGCGUGUCAUUUCAUCUCAAACUGGCUUAUUAGCCAAGAAAACGCGGAUUUUGGUAACACACGGACUACAUUACCUGAAGUAUUGUGAUCGAAUUGUCGUCAUGAAUGAUGGUAAAAUUACGGAAGUGGGCACAUUUCAAGAAUUGGUUCAAGCGCAAAAACAUUUCGCAGAAUUUCUAGAGGAAUUCCUUAUGAACAAAGUAAAACAGUGCAUGCAGUCCCAAGAUGAAAGAGAUUCAGAAGAAAUGGAAGAACUGUUGAAUGAUUUGCAAGUUUUGAAUCCAGAGCAACGCAAACGUUUGGAAAGUUUGAGCGUGACAAAGCAGCGCGCAGAUAGCACUUCAACAACUGCAUCACCUGUUGAACAAAGAUCUUCGCAAGACAACAUACCAGUUGGGCAACAGGACAGUACUAUCGAACAGGAUGUUACAGCGAAAAGGAUCAGUAGUAAUUCAAUAAAAAACGGAAGUGGUGGAAAGGCAGAUGGUAUUGCAUUGUCUGCACAAAUGGCUGGUAAACCGGCUAUAUCAAGCAAUGAUGAACAGUCCAAAUUAAUUGAAAAGGAAGGCGUUGAAGUUGGAAAGGUGAAAUUUGCAGUGUACCUUUUGUAUCUUCAUGCUAUUGGUUAUGGCAUAACAGCAAUCUUUAUUGCUAUUUAUGUUCUUUCAUCUGUUCUCGGUGUUUCAUCCAAUUUAUGGUUAGCCAAUUGGUCUGAUCAUGCCAAGAAAGCAAACGUCACAAAUGUGGGUGAAGAUGAGACGAACUGGCGCUUAGGAAUUUACGCAAUACUCGGCUUGGGACAGGCCACAAUGGUAUGUAUUGGUUCAAUUACAAUGGCAUAUGGAAUGGUUUUUGCAAGUCGAAAAUUACACGAAGGAAUACUGCAAAAUAUUUUACAUUUACCAAUGGCAUUUUUCGAUAUGACACCGCUCGGACGUAUCGUUAACCGUUUUGGGAAGGAUAUAGAAAUAGUGGAUGCUUUAUUGCCGCAUACAUCUCAUUCAUUCAUAUCAACAGUACUUGUUGUUUUAAUGACAAUGGCUGUAAUUGUAUACGCAACACCGAUGUAUUCAAUCGUCAUACCCUUUCUUGCUGCUAUUUAUUUCCUUGUUCUGCGUUUUUAUAUUUCGACAUCACGGCAACUAAAACGUUUGGAAUCCGCCGCUCGAUCUCCUAUUUAUUCACAUUUUCAAGAAUCAAUCCAAGGAUCUGCCUCAAUCAGAGCAUAUCGAUGUAUGGAUCGUUUUAUCCAUGAAUCUCAGGAUCGUCUUGAUAAGAAUAUUGUUAUACAAUAUCAUUCAUUAGUCGCUAACAGGUGGUUAGCAGUACGCUUAGAACUUGUCGGUAAUCUUAUUGUGUUCUGCUCGGCUUUAUUUGCGGUAUUCUAUAGAGAAAGUGGUUCGGUAACGGCUGGUUUAGUUGGAUUAUCUGUUGCAUACGCUCUUAAUAUAACACAGACUUUAAAUUGGGCCGUACGUAUGGCUAGUGAAUUGGAAACCAAUGUUGUUGCUGUUGAGCGUCUCAGGGAAUACACUGAUUUACCUAUUGAGGGUUCAGCGAAUAAAAAUUUAAUGUACACACCACCACAAGACUGGCCAGAUAAAGGAGAAAUUAUUUUCGAGAAGUUGAAGAUACAAUAUCGUGAUAAUUUGGAAUUUGUUUUGAAAGGAAUCAGUGCAACAAUUCAUCCAGCUGAAAAAGUUGGAAUUGUUGGCAGAACUGGUGCAGGUAAGACUUCUCUCACACUUGCUUUGUUUCGCAUUAUUGAGGCAGAAUCAGGUCGAAUAUUAAUCGAUGGUGUGGAUAUCUCGAAAAUAUCGCUGGAUAAUCUUCGCCCAAAAUUAACAAUUGUUCCACAGGAUCCUGUUGUGUUUUCUGGAUCGUUACGCAUGAAUUUGGAUCCAUUCGGUCAUUUUGAUGAUGCCUUAUUAUGGAAUGCACUUCGAACAGCUCAUCUGGAUUCACUCGUGCAUUCGUUCCCCAACAAACUGGAACAUAAAUUAAGUGAAGGUGGUGAAAAUAUUAGUGUUGGACAGAGACAGCUGGUUUGUUUGGCUCGAGCAGUACUGCGAAAGAGUAAAAUUUUGAUUUUGGAUGAAGCAGCAGCAUCUGUUGAUAUGGAAACAGAUGCGCUCAUUCAGAAAACGAUUCGUGAACAAUUCUCACAUUGUACUGUGCUUACAAUUGCACACCGCUUACAUACGGUCAUGAAUAGUGAUAGGGUUUUGGUACUUGAAAAUGGUUGUAUUCGUGAAUUCGAUACACCAAGAAAAUUACUGGAUGAUCCGAAUUCACUAUUUCGUGCAAUGAUAAGAGAAUCUGAUUUGUUGUCCACCAAAGAACAUUAA